AUGUUCUCCGCUUCUUCCCCCCCACUCUCCUUCUCCAACUCCCGCAUGUCGCGUCCAUUGAAACAAAGAGACACCGCUUGCGCUCGUUGUUUUCGUUUGAAACGGAAAUGCGACCAUGCAAAACCUACCUGUGGCGAAUGUCGCCGUAAAGGCGCAGAGUGUUUACCGGCCCGAUCUCGUCGAUCCGGGGACAAUAUUACAGUCCCACUAACCUACUUGAAAGAGUUGGAGAGGACAGUGGCUGAACUGGAGAGUCGAUCUCGUGGAAAGGAUACAAAAGUCGAAAUGCGGGACGUAGGUGUCCAGACAGACUCGGUUACAGUGGAUGAUGAUAUACCUGUCAACCUAUGCACGCCAUGGAACGAUCAAGAGAAAUCACUGGAUUGGAAACCGGACUUGAUGUCGGAUGACAGUACGCUUGUAUUAUUUGCUCCAACACAGUAUCAGGACCGGAUAUCCAGGCCUCCUUCUAUUUCACAGCUUUCAUUUACAGACACAUUCUCCUUGAAUGAAGAAACCCUGAAUUUCCUACGCCUCGAUAAUAGCCCUGUGUACCCACUGAUCGGUGACGAUUCUCCGUGGCUAACCGAGCUUUAUACGAACAUCUAUUUUUCAAUAUCCCACCGUGAAUGGCCCUUUCUCAACGAGAACACCUGGAAGAUAUGGCAAAAGGAUGAUCAUACGGAUGGGCGAGAAGAAUGGCGGACCUUUUUCCUGCGCAUGGUCUAUGCUAUUGGUGCAUCACUGUGUAGCAUCAUGCGUCGAGACCCGGCACAUUCUGUACGAUCCAAGGAACUUUACGCAUCUGCGAUGAAUUAUUAUCCACAUGUUGUGGGUCAUCCAUCAAUGGUCUUACAAGUCCAAGCCUCACUCCUUCUGGUCGUUUACGCGUUGCAUUCGUCAUCAUCGAAUGAGAUUGCUACCAGUGUGGCUUCAAUUGUACCAUUCUGUACGGCAGCAAUGACGGAGAUUCGUAAAUACGCACGAGCCAGUCCCGAUGGAGAGGUUACUGCCACUUCGGGGGAGGUUUUGACAGAGAACAUGUUCAUUGCUUGCUACAUGUUAAAUGUGAUAAUUGCAUCCGGAUGGGAUAGACCAGUAUCUGAUGCAUACAAGGCGGUCGAAGAUGAUAUGCGUACCCUGGGAGAUAUAAUUCAACCCCCUGUCAAUACAAACCCUGCACUAAGUCAUCUGUUCCGAUUGCGAAAAAUCCAAGCAAAUAUUAGAAGAUCACUUGAAAGAUCCCGGUGGCAAUUCUCCGACCAAAAAGAUGCUCUCAGCCAUUCCCUCAAGUCUGCACUUGAUAUAUGGAGGCAAGAUAUUCCUCGAUAUGGAACAGCAAAUGUUUCAUGUGGCUACUAUCAUCCAAGUUGGAUGGCAAAGCUGUAUGACUACAGCAUCUUAAUUUUGUUGGAGGACAAGCAUAACUUCUUGGAUCAUGAAGGAACAGAAGAGAUCUUUGCCGCCGUCGUGGAAGUGUGUAUCAAGUACCGAUAUUUACAGGAAGAAGGACACGUGUUGUGCUUUACCUGGUCUGCUCUCGUGUACCAAUUUAGGGCUGGUAUCAUGCUUCUAUAUCUGAUUUGGGCGACGAGACCGAUAGCGGACAGUUCGUACCUACAACAAAGCCGAACUUACAAUUCCCCCGAGGCAAUUGAGGCUUGCACAAAAAGCUUAACUUGCUUUACCGAUCAAUGGAGUGAUGCUUUGCCAUAUUUAAAGGUAUUUGAAUUCUUGCAGCAGAGGAUAAUAUGGAGCUCUGAUACGGUUGCCCCGGUUGCCCCACGUGUGGAAAUCUUGACUCUGGAGGAGACUGAGGCUCAUCUCGAGAGCUUAAAGGAAAGCUAUUUACACAAGGCCAUCUUAGGUAUGAUCGAAGAUAUGAUGUACGGAGGAGCAGUACGUUAUGAAACUAUUUCAGACGACUUUAUGACGGGAGUAUCGUGA